AUGUCAUUAACUUCAGAACAGUUCUCUGGUUAUUGUGAUUGUGGUGGUCGUUGUUGUUCUGUUUGUCGUCUUUGUGCUGAUUGGUAUUAUAAUAAACAUAGUCAACAUUGGAAACUUCGUCCAGAUUCUACUUGUCAACGUGGUCAUGUUGAUCCUGAUGUUACUGAUGAUCGUAAAGCUAGUGCUCGGCAAGCAAAACAUAUUUGCAUGUGUAUUUAG